AUUAAAAUGGAUCCCCCCGAAUCCAAGAACCGAAAUGGCGGUCGCCUAUCGAAGCAUCACGCGCUGACAUAAAAGCGCGCCGCGGAUUGAAAAGCCAACGAUUUUGACGAGAAAAAAAGAAGGCCGAAGCCAACGAUUUUCAUUUCCCCAGUCCCCAAGUUAGGGUUUUGUUUUGUGUCGCUUUUAUCGAUUCUUCAAACCGAAAGGAGAAAUCUCUCGAUCCUGAAUUGCGAGACUCCAAUCGGUUUCUCUAGCACAGAGUCAUUGGAGCAAAGCCUUGAAGUAUUUUGACUAUUCAGGCCCUCCGAUUUCAAUUUUCAGAGUAGCUGAAUUUUUCGUAUUAUUAUUAGAUUAAUGGUAUUAAAACAGUGUCUCCGGCUAUCCUGUGGUCACACUAAUGUGGAUAAUGUUUAUCAAUCAAACGAGCUCAGGUGCUUGUAAAGGGAGUUUCUCGGUGUGACUGCUUCCUAGUUAAUUUGACAGAAAAAGGAGAAAUGGAAGAAGAGGAGGAAGAUAAGAUUUUACUCAGCAGUUUGGGUGUGACCUCUGCAAAUCCUGAAGAUAUUGAACAUGACAUCUUGGAAAAGGCAACAAGGCACCCUGGGGAGAGCAAUGAAGCUACCGGGAGUGCUGAAGAAGAGAUAGUGGAAAGAAAGAAAGGCAAUGAAGAAGGACAGGAUAAGAAAUUAGAUUUGUAUAAUAAACUGAGAGCAGUAGAAGUAGAAAUAGAUGCGAUUAAGAGUGGUUUUGGACACUUGGAGCGCUUCAGAAGACAUGAGGAGGAAGUCCCAGAUACUGAUGGUAGAAGCGAGGUAAAGCAGACAGAGAGUGAGCAAAGCGUUAUUCAGGCACCUCUGGAUGAUUCAAACCUUCAACAUGCUUUAGCUGAUGAUCGUCUAAGAAGUCUUCUCAAAACGAAGGCUCAACUUAAGAAAGAACUUUUGGAUUUUACUGAUGAUACUUCGCGUGAUGCAUUGAUACGAGAUCUUGUUAAGGAUCAACCUGAAUUCAAAAGAAAGGUGAAGGAAGUUCAGAAAUCAAGCAACAAGAAGAGCAAACGGCGGAAGACGACAUUGCUGGAUGAUGAUGAUGAUUUUGAUGCAGUGUUAACUGCAGCAUCUUCUGGAUUUGUUGAAACAGAAAGAGAUGCACUGGUAAGGAAAGGAAUGUUAACCCCCUUCCACCAGCUCAAAGGCUUUGAACGUCGGGUUCAAGAUUCGGAGUCUUUUGGCAGACAAAGUACUGCAGCUGAUAUAAACAGUAAUGACAAUGACCUGGCUUCCACCAGUAUAGACAAGGCUGUCCAGUCAAUUUCACAGGCAGCUCAAGCUCGUCCAACCACCAAGUUGCUUGAUUCUGCUUCAUUACCAAAACUCGAGGCACCAACCCACCCUUUCCAAAGACUAAGGAAACCCCUUAAAAUCCCUCAAUCGUUAGAGACUACACCAGAGAAGAAUGGAGAUGGUACCAGGAAGAAGAAAAGACCGUUACCUAGCAAGAAGUGGAGAAAGUUGGCAUCUCGUGAGCAAAGCCAGAAUGAAGGAUCAGGUAUCUUUAUACACAUGAUUUGUGCUAUGCACCUAGGGAUUUGGUUUAUUCGGUAGGACGCAAUGCGUGAAGUGUGGGUUAGGCAUGCGUCACGAGCUCGAACCUUAUCAUUGAUUAAACCGUGGUAUUUUAGUGGGAGGGGGGAUACUCUCUGAUAGGGGUGGGCAUUCGAUCACUUUGGUUUUUAGAAGUGGAAAACUGAAAUGGAACUGAAAUUAAUUCCGCUCGGUUCGGUCUGUAGAGUUUGGUUUGGUUUGGUUUGUUUUAUAUCGGUUCCGUUUUACGGUUUGGGCCUUAUCAGCUAGGAACUUUUUUUUUGGUUUUAGUAAGUUCACUUUGAUGCUAGUCGCUAGGUGGUGGAUGAUUUUAGGCCUGCUUUGGUUUAUGACAGUUUUAUUUCAAGGGCAUAAGCUGGUCAGCAUUGACGGUUUUAUUUCAAGGGCAUAAGCUGGUUGUCAAAUUGAUUCAAGGAAGAAGGAUCAUAAUAACACUUAAAACACCACCUCACAAAUUAAUAAACAAAAUUCCAUACAUUCUCUAGAUAAAAUCAAUAAAUGAAUACAAUCAACGAAACAACAUAGAACAAAAUGAGUAGAAAAACGAUAAGAAAGCAGUGACUUUGAAAUCUAUAGGUCGAGAGGAGAGAGUACAGAUUUUGAAGGCUGAGCUGCUUCAGAACAUAAUUUCGAGAAGAGUCGCUUACUCGGAUGCCAAACCAUAAGUAUCUUACCUGGACUGGAGGAGAGACAGAACAGUCACCAGCAAAGGCGAUUUAAAAUUUCGUGGGCUGAAGUCUGAAGACUGAACUUCUUGGCGGCAACUUUAGAUAGUGAUAGGGAGGAAGAUUAGAAGUGCAAGCUUCAACUUCUAAUGCUUGAGAGAAUCAAGGUUUACUUGUUAACGGAAGAAGAAAUUGUGGCUGAUCAGGAAAUAUUGUAACCUCAGGAAGAGAAAACUUAGAGGAUCGAUGGAAGGAUGAAUACAAUUUGAUAUUUCGAAAUGCUGAGCAGCUAAAGAGAAGACUGAAAAGUUCUCAAAAACCUGUGAACUUUUAAAAAUCUAAAGCUUGAAACCAGCCACCGAACCGAAGUUAUGAAAAAAUUCAUCCUGAGCUGACUGAAAACACCAAAACCGACACAAAAACCGAUAAUUGGUUAGGUCGAUUCUUUCAGUUUUAUGCUACCUGUACUCCCCGAGUUCCGGACCUGUGAGCACAAUUGGGUUGAUUAUCACAAAAUAUGUGUGUGUGUGUACUGAUAUUGUUAAUAAAUUGCAAACAGAUUGCUAUUUCGUGAUAUAUUCUCCGUCCCUUCCUGUAUAAGUAUUUGUGGUUUUGUUUGCUCCUGAUAUAUUUUCUUCCCGACAUGAAUAACUUCAUAGUGCCGAUCUGUUAGUUAAUGUUUGCCUAUAGGUGCCAACAACAUGUAGUAUGUUUAAUCUAGUGACAAGGUAGGAUAGAUAAGCUUACAUGGUCCAUCGCAAGAACUCAUAUCGGUUUCAUGUUUUUGACUAAUUUUUGUUAAGCCUGAUGUAGUCGUCUAAGUACUAUGAUAGGUGAGCUUGAUAGAAACUAUCUUUUUAUUCCAGUUUAGAUGUCAAAUAUUUAGGCCUUCAAGUUUGGAAUCUUUCUGGAUUUUGCUAUAUGCUUUAUCAAAUGUUUUGGUGUCCAAGCAGAAAGAUC